CGUCAGAAACGUCCGAUGACCUCAACCUUGAGGCUCGAGUGCAGUUGUGUCAGUUGUUAGAGAGUCUCGCAGGUGAUGAUUACUGGGUUCACUAUGAGAGUGUUACUACUUUAUAUUGUUGCAGUCUUGUUUCUCCAUAUUAUACAAGGACAAGAUGUCGGCUGCACAAUCGAUAGCAAAACAUUUUCCAUUGGCGAGUCUUAUAUCCCGCCAGGAGAGUGCUACAACAGUACCUGUUUGGGAAACGACAAUUGGAGUGACCAGCCAUGCCCCACAAUUUCGGAAGUCCCCCUAGGAUGGACAACUGCAGUCGUUAAAAAUGAUUUGACCAAACCUUACCCAGACUGCUGCCCUACUCUCGAACCUCUAUUUAGAGAUAUCUGGGAUACUAAAAACUAUCCGAAGACCAAUGUACCCAUCGAGAUCAGCUACAAGGAUCAGUACUGGGUACAGUACGGGAACGAUUUGUCACCCCUUGACACAGUCACAGCUCCCGAUGUGAACUAUGCAGCAGAUCCCACAAGUUGGUACACCCUCAUCAUGGUGGACAUUGACUACAAUAAUCCAGGCAAGCAAACUCUACUCUGGCUGGUAGGAAAUAUUCCGGGGAACGACGUCUCUACUGGAGAAAUCCUUACAUCCUACACCAUGCCGGUGCCCCAGAGGGGCACUGACUUCCACCGAUAUGUCUUUUUUGUACUCGAGCAGCCAAGGAAACUGGAUUUUGACGAAGAGGAACUGUCAAACUCAAAUUAUGGAACACGAAGGGAGUUCUCUAUAACAGAUUUCACGUUAAAGUACAAUCUCAAUGAUGUCAUAGGAUUCAAUUUUUUUCGUGCCAGCUGGGACGCCGUACUACCCCCUUGCUGCAAGAAACCGUAGUUAAUGAAGCUGCUUAAGGGGGACCACCCCAGGAAGAUCCAUAGUUUAGUUCAGCUCACUCACUAUAAAUGUAAACUAAUUGAAAGCAAUAAACAAUGCUUACACAGAACAGUUUAUUGCACUAUUUUUCAUACAGUAAUAUCAGAUGAUACUAAUAUAGUGUGGAUCCACAGAUUCCUAAAAAUAUAGUAAUCCAAGUCACUCAUAAUUGUGCCAGGAUUACAUUAGCCAGUAUUACAGUCAGUGAAAUAUAUGUAUAUCCAUGAUACUCGUAGUGUCAAAUUGGUUAAACAGAAACAAUGUUUCAUGUGAAUGAACUUAAAUUGAAGGAAAAUAUAUUUCUGUAUUACAUAGAUCAACAAAUAUAAACCAUCUAUAAACUAUUGAUAUUAUUUUUCGUUUAUACUAUGUAAUUUAAGAUUGAAUGAAUCCAUCAUCAGUCUAUCAUGUACGUACAAUAUUAGUAGGUAGAGUUAAAAUAUAUUAUAAACUGAGUAAUAUCUGAAUAAUAUAAAAAGAGUUUUUUAAGUUUUGAGCGCAACGUGGUAAGUGUUUUAAAUUCGUGGUUGUAGGUAAUAAGUAAUAAAUAAACAUUUCAUUCACAAAAAAAUUGUUUUAAUAAGUACUAGAUACACCAUGUUAUAAUUUUAAACAAAGUUGCCCAAUGAAAAAUUGUUAUUAUCACAUAGUAGUUUGUUUUAUAAAUGUGACUAAAUAAAAUGUAGAAUAGGCUAUGUUUAUAGUUUUAUUGACUAUACAAAUUAUUAUUCAUACUAAAUCUUCUUAUUUUAAAUCAGAUAUUUUUUAUUAGUUAGUUAUAGGGAACCGCCAUUACUUUUGACCUUAGCAAAAUUUAAAUCACAUUGUUAAGCACUUUGAUUCAAUGUAUUUUAUAACUGAUCAAACUUUUAGAAUUUAAUAUUGCAUUCAUCUAACUAUUUAAUAUAUUUUAAUGCUCAUCUAAAUUAACUGAUUACUCAUUACUGAGCAGCAUAGUUUUGAUUAUCUAACUUUUGGAAAAAAUGUAUUUAUCUUUUUUAGCUAAACUAUAAUGAAGCAUAAUGCAAAAAUAACUUGUAGUCAUUAGUAACUAUACAAAUAUAUGUAGUAUUAAUGUGGUAUAUUUAAUGCAAUCGUCACUGCGGAGGGGCUGCAUGUCCACAGCAUUGCGGGUAUGGCUUGGUAGAGUCCUCAGGCACAAAGGUCCAACCCUCAGGCAAGCCAACGAAACCACAUCUGGAAAUUAAAUUUCUGAAAUAAAAUACUAAAUCUU